AUGGAGGCGUCAGAGCGACGCCCCCUCGUGGCUCGCUGCGACCACACGAGCGCGGAUUCAUCGUCGCACCGCUCUUCGCAGCGCUCUUCGCACAGCCAUCGCAGUCACGACCUCCAUCCGUUGACGAGCAUCGUCGUAUUCUGCGGCUAUGGCGUCGCACUCCUCCUCGCAUUCAACGUCAUGCGAUUGGGGCCUGCGUCGCCCUCGUCGCAUCCCGUCGCAGCGUGCGACUCCUCGCGUGGUGACACGUGCGACUGGGCGACCCACGCGACCCACCAGCUGCUGCACCGCCCGUGGAGCCCUCCCGUAGCGGCGCUGGCCGUUCUGGGGUUCGCGCUCCUGUUGCUCCGCGCGCUUUCCGGGCAAGCGGCGCGAGUGCGCGAUCUGGAGAUGCGAUUGCGAGGGACGAAGGGGGAACAGGCGAUUGAACAGGCGCGGGUGAGCAAGGGGGAAGAGGAGGAGAACAUAGUUGGGAAGAAAGGGAGGAUAGGAAAAGAAAAUGACGCAGGGGAGGAGGAGGGUGCGAGAGCGAGAAGUGCGGAUGCAGGCACGGUGGUUGGCGCAUUGGUCUCACGGGAUGGGGACAUGGCUGCGCGCGCAGCUGUCGACCUGCUGGUUCACGGAAUAGCGGCGCCCAUGAGAGGCGCGCUGGGGAUGCUGCGCCUGCUGGCGGCGUCCGUGCGCGACCCCAUGCACCUCGACCUCAUCCACUCGCUCCACGCCUUCGCCGCGCACCUCACCCGCCUCGCCGCCGCCGCCAGCGCCACCUGGCGCGCGCAGCCCGCCCCGCUGCCCGUGGUGACGUCAGCGGUGGACGUGCGGGGGGUGGCGGACGAGAUGGUGGGGGCGGUGGGCGGGGAGGCGCGCGAGAAGGGGCUCGAGCUGGCGUGCCUCGUCAUGGACGACGUGCCCCCGCUGCUGCUCUCCGACUCCCUCCUCCUCAAACAGCUGCUGCUGUGCGUGGCGGCAGCAGCAGUGCAGCGCACGGAGCAGGGCCACGUGCUGCUCUGCGUGCGACUGCUGCACCCCCAAGAGGCCCUCCAGCGCCAGCAGCAGCAGCAGCAGCACCAGAGGGACGCGCAUGAGCAGCACCGGGUGGUGGCGGUGAGUGGGAAUGCAGGCGUGCAGCAGAGGCACGGCGAGGACAACAGCCUGCUCCUGCCGCCCUCGCGCAUGCCCCUCCCACCGCCCGCCCACCACCACCCCCUCUCCCCGCCCCCCACCACAGCAUCCGCCUCCGCCUCCGCGGCUCCUUUCCCCUCCGUCUUCUCUGCGCCCUCCUCCCCCUCCUCCCUCUUCUCCAGCCCGGAUCUCCUCGGGCUGGGCGGCAUCGCUCGGCGCCUAGCGGCGUAUGCUGCUCCUUGGAGCGAGCAGGGGGUGCAGGAACAGGCGGGCAGUGGGGCGGGUGUGUUUGGAUCGCUGUCUGCUGACUCCUGGCUGCAGCAGGGGGGGCUGGCGCACAGCGAUGCGUAUGAGCACCGCCAGCAGCAGCGGCAGCAGCAUCAACAGCAGAUUCGCGAGGAGCAGCAGGAGGAGCAGCAUCGGCAACAGCAGCAGCAGCAGAUAACGCAGGAGCAGGAGCAGGGGGGCGGAGGGGUUGACAGUCUGAGUGGGAGGCGGGUGGCGGACGGGCGGUGCGGCUGGAACACGCUGAGGCGGCUGCUGGACGACCAGGAGAGCCGAUUCGCUGCUGCCGUCGCACACGCUGUUGCUACUGGCAGUGCCGCCGCCGCCGCUGCUGCUGCUGCUGCUGCUGGUGGCCGUGGCGGUGGCGGCAGCAGUGGGAUGGGGCAGGUGUGGGUGGAGAUGGUGGUGGAGGACACGGGUGUGGGCGUGCCUCAAGCGGUGGUGGACGCACUCAACGCCUUGGACCACACUGCUGCUGCUGCCUCUCAUCCUGCUCCUGCUGCUGCCUCUCAUCCUGCUCCUUCUGCUGCUGCCCACACCUCUGCUGCUCUACCAGAGUCGUUGCUGCCUCUCCAUGCCACCACUCCCCUACUGCUCGCCCACGCACACCUCCUGGCGACCUCUCUGGGCGGCUCCCUCUCGCUCACCACAGCACCCGCCAUCGGCACCACUGUCGCCCUUACCAUCCCCAUGGCCCUUCCCCCUCUCGGCCCCACGCCCUCCUCCUCCCCCGCCCUCCUCCCCUCCGCGCCAUCACCUCCCCCUCCCCAUGCGCCUCUCCCCCCUGCCUUCCGCCCCGCCUCUGCGCCCUCCUUCCCCCGUGCGGGGGGGAGCAGUGGCAGCGAGGGGGGGUUGGCGGCGCUGGUGGGGCUGUGGGAGAGCGUGGGGGCGGACGGGGGGCUGUGGGAGGCCAUGGGGCUGGGGGGGGGCGCGGGGCAGGGGGGAUGGGCAAGGGACCCCGGUGGUGCUGCAGCAAGGGGAGGCGCAGGGGAGGGGGGCGCAAGGGGGGGCGCACGUGAGGGGAAUGGGGGGGAUGGAGGUGGUGAGGGCGGGGGCAGGGGCGGGUGGAUGGGGGAGGUGGGGGUGAGGGAGGUGGGGGCGGCGGAGAGGAGGGCGGUGAGGGAGAUGGGGGCGGUGGGGGGGGUGGGGGGCGAGCAGUGGGAGGUGGUGGCGCCGCUGGUGGAGCAGGUGCAGGGCGUAGCAGCAUCACUGCUAUCACGCCUGGGCAUGGACGUGGAUCUCUCAGACAGUGUGGCAGAUGCCAUCGCUGCCCUCCAGUGCACCCCGCCCGCCCUGCACCCCGGUCAGCUGCCCACCCCGCCCUGCCCCUCUCCUCUGGCCGGCCCCCUCUCUCUUCCUACGCUUUCCACCGUCUCUCCCCUGUACUGUCAUCAUGCUGUGACUGGCAUCUGCCACCCCUUUGCAAUUCCCGUGCUCUUUACUUCCCCACUUUCUCUCAAAGCACAUGUCUGUCCCCUCCAUGCAUGCCUCCUCCCCUCUGUGUAUGCAGCAGCAGCGGCAUGGCAGGGAGGGGUGGGGAGCAGUGGGAGCCGGUGGGACGUGGUGCUGGUGGAUGCAGACUGCGAUGGCACCGCAGGCUCCGGCCUCCUCCUUGGCUCCCAUGUGGCCCGCAUCAACGCCGCCAAUGCUGCUGCCCAUGCCGCCGCCCAUGCCGCCGCCCAUGCCGCCCAUGCCACACAUGCUUCCUACAGCACCUCUGCUACUGUCCCCGCUGCAGCUGCUACAGCCGUUUCUGCAGGGGGCGUGGACUGUGGGCAAACAUCUGUAGCAGCAAGGGCAGGGGCAGGGGCAGGGAGGGUGGGCGGGGGAGGGUUCAUGCCAUUAGCAGAUGAUGGCGUGGGGGGGGAGGACGAGGGGUGCGAUGGGGCGGGAGAGGGGUGUGGUGCGCCUGAGUGUGGCGGGGCCCCGGGCAUGGGGGCAGGGCAGGCAGAGCAGAGGUCACGGAGCGAGUGCAGGGAGGGUGAGCGCGGGGAGGGGAUGGUGGAAGGGCGUGGGGGGAGGGAGGAGCAGGGUGAGGAGGAGUGCUCAGAGGAGUGCAACGAGGAGAGCAUGGCUCUCUCAGAGCAGCACCACCAGGCGCAGCAAGCACAGGAGCAAGCACACGCACAGCAGCAGCAACAGGCAGAGGCAGAGGCAGAGGCGGAGGGAGAGCAGCAGCGGUGGGCGGAGAGUGCAGAAUCGCUUGUGUUGCCUGCCAUCGCAUCGAAGCUCGUGCUGGUGGCUCAGGCCGUGCAGGCAACGAGUGAGGACAUGGCGUUGGCAGCAGCGGCACACGGCUUCUCCUGCAUCGCCCUCAAGCCCCUUCGAACACCAGUGCUCGCUACUGCCAUGCUGCAGGUGUGUGUGGUUAGUUGGCUUGGAAACCUUCUAAAGCCUGUUGCAGCAGUGCUCUCGUAUGGUUGUUGUCAAUCUUCCAACCAUUCCGUCUCAUUGCCUUUCCACUCUUCCACUCCUCGCUUCCUGCACAUGCCCGUCUCCCCACCCCGCCAGGCCCUGGGCGUGAGUGCGAGGGAGGUGCAGCAGGCAGCAGCCCAGCAGCAGCAGCUGCACCUCAGACGACUGCUGCGAGGCAAAGUGGUGCUGGUGGGUGCAGAGUGGUGCUGGUGGGUGCAGAGUGGUGGUGGUGGGUGCAGAGUGGUGCUGGUGGGUGCAGAGUG